GCGACGCUUGCAGCUGAUGUACCGCUGGCUCAAAAAUGGAGAGCGACACCACUGUCAGGAGAAUAAAAGCCUCCGGGACGCACAAUUAUGUAGCGCAAGAUAACGACGGUUCCCGGGACCGGUGCGGUAAUAACGGCUACAGCGGUGACCCGAAGAGGAAGCCCGAAGUGAGCCUGUACUUGCUGCGGGAAGGGCUGGCAGCCUCGCUGGUCUCUGUGUUUAUUUUGGUGCUGUGGGGACUUGUUCAUUUGUCGUUACAGCAGCUCGUCAUUGGGAAGCCGACCGGCGAGUUCAACGCAGUAAGAGCAAGACGGCACUUGGAGCAGAUCACCAGCGUCGGCCCUCGGCCUGUGGGCAGCCAGGAGAAUGAAGUCCUGACAGUGGGCUACCUGUUGGAGCAGAUUGAGAAGAUCCGGGCUGACACCGCAGCGGGACCCCAUCAGCUCACGGUGGACGUGCAGCGUCCCACCGGCUCUUUCUCCAUUGACUUUCUCGGAGGCUUCACCAGCUUCUAUGACCGUGUCACCAACAUCGCCGUCAGGCUGGAGCCUAAAGGCGGGACGCAGCAUCUCAUGCUAGCCAACUGCCACUUUGACACAGUGGCCAACAGUCCAGGUGCCAGUGAUGAUGCAGUGAGCUGUGCAGUGAUGCUGGAAGUCCUCCACUCUCUGGCCAACCAAUCUACUCCUCUUCAUCAUGGAGUUAUCUUCCUCUUUAAUGGGGCAGAGGAAAAUAUCCUUCAGGCCAGUCACGGCUUCAUUACUCAGCAUCCCUGGGCCAAGCAGGUGCGAGCCUUCAUUAACUUGGAGGCUGCAGGUGUUGGGGGCAAGGAGGUUGUUUUCCAGACAGGCCCAGAGAACCCGUGGCUGGUCCAGGCCUACGUUCACGCAGCAAAACACCCCUUCGCCUCUGUGGUCGGCCAGGAGGUGUUUCAGAGUGGCAUCAUCCCCUCUGACACCGACUUCCGCAUUUACAGGGACUUUGGUAACAUCCCAGGCAUUGAUCUGGCGUUCAUUGAAAACGGCUUCAUCUACCAUACCAAGUACGACACAGCCGACAGGAUCCUGACAGACUCAAUACAGAGAGCUGGUGACAACAUCCUGGCGGUCCUGAGGUACCUGGCAAUGUCAGAGAAGUUGGCAGAUUCAUCAGAGUAUCGUCAUGGCAACAUGGUAUUUUUUGACCUGCUAGGGGUUGUCGUGGUGGCUUACCCGGCCCGCGUUGGCACCAUCCUUAACUACAUGGUAGCCACUGCCACCUUCCUUUAUCUGGCCAAGAAAGCCUCGCUGCCGGGCAAUGGAGGUGGUCGCUACGUCCGAGAUCUGGCCUGCGCCACAGGUGUAGCAAUCAUGAGCUGGUUCAUCACCCUGCUGUCGGUGCUGAUUGUAGCUCUGCUCGUCACUCUGCUGGGCCGCUCCAUGUUUUGGUACAACCACUUCUAUGCCUCCAUCUGCCUGUACGGAGCUGCUGCCACAGGCAAGAUGAUCCUCAUUCACACGCUGGCCAAGAACUUGUACUUCGGAGGUGUCCGUUUGGUGGAGCUGGGGGACCUCUACUUCGACGUGAGCUUGUUGCUGUGGUGCUGCAGCCUGGUGUGGCUGACCCAGCAGGGCCUGUGUACGGCCUACGUGCCCAUGCUAAUGGUGGCCUUCCCCCUGGCCACCAAACUACUGCUGGCCAAAGAAUUUAAACAUAGAGGAGCAUCACUGAAGUACAGCGUGCUCUAUCUGUUUGGCCUGGCGCUCCCGUAUGUCCACUUCAUGUUCCUCAUCUGGGUGGUGUUCGAGAUUUUCACGCCCAUCAUGGGUCGCAGCGGCACGGAGAUCCCCCCUGAGGUGGUGCUGGCCUCCCUGGUCACCCUGGCAACCAUCUUCCUCUCCUCGUUUUUUCUGCAUUUCAUCUACUUGGUGCGGAGCACGAAGUGGAUCCUGGCUGGUCUGGGCUCAGUCUUCGUGGUCAUGUUCCUGUUGAUGUCCUGUGGCCUCCUCUUUCCUUAUUCAGGCAGUCCAGACAGCCCGAGGCCAAAACGAGUCUUCCUGCAGCAUACGACACGGACCUUCCACAAUCUCCAGGGCCAGGUGGAGAGCCGGGACUCAGGUCUGUGGAUCAACAGUUUUGACUACACGGGGAUACAGCACAUCACUCCCCUCGUCCCUGAGAUCAACGACAGUGUUCGAACCCACUGCCGUGAGGACCAGCCCUUCUGUGGUUACCCCUGGUUCCUGCCUGUGAAGUUCCUCAGCAAGAAGAACUGGUACCUUCCUGCCCCAGAAGUGUCCCCCAGCUCUCCAGUGGAGUUCAGCCUGCUCUCCAAAGAGGAGACCAGCUGGGGGACGGUGAAGAUGACCUUCAGUGUGAAAGGUCCCAGCCACAUGUCUCUGUACCUGAUGCCUCACCGAGGAGCCAGCCUCUCCACAUGGUCCUUCGGUGACGGGACGCCCCAGUUCGACCUGAGCGGAGAAUAUUUCAUCUUCUAUUCCCACGGCCUUGACGCGCCCACAUGGACCUUCUGGUUUGAAAUCCAGCCCCCCAGGGACCCCGACCCGUCAGGCCCCGAGGGCAUGAUCUCCGUUGCCAUCUCGUCCCACUAUUUCUUCGGGCAAGACCAGAGGACUGCUCAACUGGAGGAAGUCCUCCAUAAGUUUCCCACGUGGGCUUUUCCCUCGUCUUGGGUCAGCACCUACGACAUGUACCGAUACUGAGGACGCCACACGCCACAGAGGCUGACGCCGAGAAGAGCCGAGGGCCGCGGGGGCCCGCGAGACAGACGGAAGACUUCAAGGAACAAUACCGAGGACCAGCCCUGCCGCCUCUUCACUCUGACACAAACACACACUCUAACACACGCUCACGCUCCCUCCCAGCCUGCCUGAGAGACCCCCCAUCACUGUGUCAGUAGGCUUAGUAGCUAACCGAGCAGGAAGAGACACGCUGAGACACGCCAGAGGCAAGCUGACCCGACAGCUUCCAGACGGACUAACUCACUGUCCGACGCACCGGCCACUACGAGCCUCGUGCUCACUCCUGGGUUAGUGAAACGAAGGGGUUAAGAUUUUUAUUUAUUUGAUUUUAUUUUGUACUCAAUCUGUAGUGCCUUUGCUUUUACUCACUCCAUCUCACCCCCCCCUCCCCCGGCUGACUUCCUCCUGUUAUUGUCUCUCAUGCUAACACUCUUCCUGAAUGAAUAACGUCGCAUGGCUCCCUCCCCUGCUCUCUCUUAAUCUGCUGACCUCUGGAGUAGAUGUGUCUCUGGCUUCUUCUGCAAAAACACCUCCGCCGUCUGUACUGUAGGUGUCGUGACAUACUGAUGCGUUUGUUUGAGGUGGGAAACAAAGACCCACUCUUGUUUGACCUCUCUUCAGAUUUAACCGGAAGCUUUGACACUUUGAAAGUCGCUUUUCAUCAACACGCACUGGUUUUCAUUAUGAGCAAAUAGCUUCUGUGUUAGCUAAUCAGUUUAACAGUGAAAGUGCUCAUUAUUAUUCCUCACUAGCGCCACUGAUUUGCAGCACGACACGCCCCUGCGUUUCACCGAGGAAUGCCAACAGUCUGCUUUAAUUGUCAGAGAAUCUGGCUCGCAGAUGCAGAAAACUGUGCCUGUUAAAUGAAAACAUCUGGCUUAAAUCAAAAUGUCAAGGUGUCCUAUGAAAGGAGUAGCCUUCCUGAAGAUUUUGCACCAAGGGCAAUAUUAAGGUUGCCUCUGAGGUCUCUAAGGUUUCGCCCUGAUGUGUUCAUGCAAUGGUGUACGUUAGAUUUUGGGCUUGAUGAGACCAGGGAAACAAAGAUUGUGACAGUCUAAACGCCCUUUGAUUUAUUCCCGGAGCCUUGGGGGUGACUGGGUGAAAAACCAGCAAUGCAACUCCACUCCAGUGUCGGUCAGCCCGGUCCAUGUCUCAUGCGGGAGUGUCGAUUAUUUACAUCAGCUUUUACUGUAAUUACAUUUGUACCUGUUGUCAAACUUCUGCUCUCGGCUACGAGCCGUCUCCAGCAGCGCCAAUGAAUAUCUUCUCGUAAUGGAGGAAAGCAGAGCCGCAACGAUUAAGUCAUCAUUCAAGUAGUCGAUCGAAGGGCUGCAACUAUUUGAUAAUCGAUUGUAAUCGAAGCUGGGAGGGCAUUUUUUUUCUUACUUUUUGACAUAUUGUAGUCUAAACGAUUAAUCAAGAACAUAAUUGGAAUGCGAAUUGACUCUGAAAACAAUCAUUAGUUGUAGCCCGAAGAGAAAAUGACCUAGUGACUCUAUGUGUUUGAUGCAGGUGAGACCUUGAUGCAUUUUCAGUCAAUUGAACCACUAAAAUCACAUCACAACAAAACGGGAAAUCCAUUCGAGUCCACUUAAAAGCCACUCGAGCGUGAAUCUUCAGAAAAUCAAUCAAAUAUGGCAAUAGAAGAACAAAACAGAACGGGUAGUGCCUCAUUUUAUGGGUCUGUAACUUCUGGAUAUGUUUCCUGUAAAGAACUGUGCAGUUUGCUCGUAAUCAGAUGGAACAUAGCGACCGUGCUCAGUUCAUAUACCUUCAUUAAGUUGGCAGCCGAUCAUGCACAAAUUAAAUGAAUCUACAGGCGAGCAAAUAAUUCAACAGUGGGGUUCCCGAUAAUAAAUGUAUGACUAUUUGCUGAGCUUUUCUUUAAAGUACAUUCAUAUUUUAGUACCAAAUUCCAGUUUUUGGUAAAAUUACAAUUAAUCUCUGCUGCAGACAGGCAAGAAAGAAAUGAAACAAGAUAGAAAGCGUCAUUGAAAUGUGUCCAGGAAAUGUAUAAUGAAGGCUUGGUGCUGCUGCGGACAGCUUAUGGUGUCAACUGUUGUCUCUUCGUUUGUGGUGUGUGUUGCUAAUAUUUUACUCAUCUUACGUGGAGCUGCAUCUUAUUAUUAUUUUUUUUGUCUAGAGCCCAAGUAUCACAACCACAAUCCAGUUAAUGUGACCUGUUUUACACGUCCACGUCACACUGACAGUCAGGGCCGAGUCAGGCUAGAAUCAAAGCGGCCCUUGGACCCGUUGCCCGGGGAGACGCAGUAUCGUUGAAAUGCGUGGAGAACAGCUCACGUUUUCAACACAGCCUCUCCUGGGAGGAACUCGCAGCGCUGCGCUUGGUCGAUCACGUGAAAAAGUGACCGAAACACUUGUGCCAAGAAGUUCAAACCCUGGCUCCUUUCUCGCCUCCGCACGGCUGGCCAAUCACAGCGUGAAGAAGGUGUCAAUGUUGAAUUGGCGGCAUGU